CACAGCUGCGCGUGCAGACUGCCUGAACCAUCUGAAGGUUCAGAAGUUUACCAAAUCUUUCAGCUUGCCUGCAAAUUAGCUGGAUGCCUGCGCUUGUCAGUAGGUGAAGCACAAUAAGGAUCCCGUUGUAAGAUAUCUUAAAUAAUUAAGUGAACAGAGAAGAAAGAUAAAACACUCAAUUAUUUUACACAGGAGACCGUGAAUCGUGUUGUUUAUGUGAGAGUUACACAUCACUGCCGCUUUAAAUGUGCGCACCGCUGGUGCCAGACAAGCGUUUCCAGUCUGCGCUGGUGAUGCGAUGCCCCGCAACCACAGCGGCGAUGAGGGCGGUACUGGUCUCUGGAUGAAGACUUCUCAGCACUAUGGAAUGAAAGAUGUCGAAGCCGGUCGUGGGACGAUGAACAACGCGACCAGGACGGUUGACAGUCUGCUGUCGUCGCCCGGCACAACAGGUGCAGGAGGGUCGGAGAACCUGAGGAGAAAGCAGGGUGCCCGGCUGAGCUUGCUCGGGAAACCACUCACCUACAGCGCGCAGAGCGGCCGGAGAAACGCGCGCUACAGGAAGCUCCAGAACUGCCUCUACAAUGUCCUGGAGCGACCACGCGCCUGGGCAUUCGUUUACCAUGCUUUCGUGUUCACCUUGGUGUUUGGCUGUCUGGUUCUGUCUGUGUUCUCCACCAUCCCUACUCAUAUGGAGCUCUCCAAUCACUGUCUCUUCAUACUGGAGUUUGUGAUGAUUGUUGUGUUUGGUCUGGAGUACAUCAUUCGCAUCUGGUCAGCUGGAUGCUGCUGUCGCUACAGGGGAUGGCAAGGUCGAAUGCGCUUCGCUAGAAAACCUUUCUGUGUCAUCGACAUUAUUGUACUUAUUGCAUCCAUCGCUGUGGUUUCAGCUGGUAGCCAGGGCAAUAUCUUCGCCACAUCUGCACUUCGCAGUCUUCGUUUUUUACAGAUCCUGCGCAUGGUGCGUAUGGACAGGCGAGGCGGUACCUGGAAACUGCUGGGAUCUGUAGUCUAUGCUCACAGCAAGGAGCUUGUGACCGCCUGGUACAUUGGCUUCCUGGUGCUGAUCUUCUCUUCAUUCCUAGUCUACUUGGUGGAGAAAGAAUUUAACACACAGUUCGCCACGUAUGCCGAUGCUCUUUGGUGGGGUACGAUCACCCUCACCACCAUUGGAUAUGGGGAUAAAACUCCUCAGACCUGGACGGGGCGACUUCUCUCUGCAGGCUUUGCUUUGCUGGGCAUCUCCUUUUUUGCUUUGCCUGCUGGUAUUCUUGGCUCUGGCUUUGCACUGAAGGUCCAAGAGCAGCAUAGACAGAAGCACUUUGAGAAGAGGAGAAACCCAGCAGCCAGUCUGAUACAGUGUGUUUGGCGUAGCUAUGCGGCUGAUGAAAACUCGGUUUCCAUUGCUACCUGGAAGCCUCAUUUGAAGGCGCUGCAUACCUGCAGCCCUACAAAGAAAGACCAGGGAGAGACCAUCAGCAGCCAAAAGCGGAGUUUUCGGGAGCGUGUGCGCAUGGCCAGUCCUCGUGGUCAGAGCAUGAAGAGCAGGCAGAUGUCAGUGAAUGACAGGCGCUCUCCUGGCACAGAGGUGGGAGUGGAGGGCAGCAGCCCUGCCAAAGUCCAGAAGAGCUGGAGCUUCAAUGAUCGAACUCGCUUCCGCCCAUCGCUCAGACUUAAGAGCCAAUCGCGUUCCACAACUGAAGCUGACACCAAUCUUGGACCUGAUGAUGCUUUUGAUGAGAAGGGGUGCCACUGUGAUGUGACCGUGGAAGAUCUGUCUGCUCCUCUAAAAGCAGUCAUCAGGGCCAUCAGGAUUAUGAAAUUCCAUGUGGCAAAGAAGAAAUUUAAGGAGACAUUACGACCGUACGAUGUGAAGGAUGUGAUUGAGCAAUACUCUGCUGGUCACCUAGAUAUGUUGUGUCGUAUCAAGAGUCUCCAGACUAGGUUGGACACCAUUGUGGGUCCACAGAUCCUGAGCAGCAAAGCAAAGACAUUUUCCUCUCCCUCCCUGCACUUGUAUUACAGCCAGGCCAAGAGGAAACACUCUGCCCCAGGACUCGCCACACCCCUGCGUCCACAUCAGACACUCGGCACCAAAGCCAGGAACCUUUCCUCUCCCUCUCUACACUUGUAUUACAGCCAAAGCAAGAAGAAGCACUCUGGGUCAGAGGCCUGUAGAAGGGUGGAUCAGAUACUGGGAAAGGGCCAGAUAUCUGUAGACAGGAAAGGCAGAGAGAAAAUCCUCCUAGAAGGGGAGUCCCUGGAACAUGACAUGAGUAUGCUCGGCCGUGUCUGUAAAGUAGAGAGACAAGUCCAGUCUAUUGACUCCAAGCUUGACUCAUUGCUGGAUAUCUAUCGUCAGGUUCUGCAGAAGGGUCCCUCUUCAAUGCUUGGUCUAUCUGCCUUGCCUCUGUUCGAGCUGGAUCAGACAUCUGACUACCAAAGCUCCAUCCAUAGCAAGGAUCUGUCCUCCUCCUCACAGCUUACUAGUGGAGUGUCUCGCUCUGGCAGCAGUAACCUUCAGCAUGGCCUGCAUCUUGCCCUAGCCCCCAGUGAACUCAACCUGGGUACUGGUUACCCACAUUCGGCCUCAUUCCCACCCUCCCCCCUACUCAACAAUCAACCUUCCAGCCCAGACAGUUCAUACCCAGCUUCUCCUCCUCCCAUCAUCACCCCCAACAACCUCUCUAGAAGUCACCAGCGAUUCACUGAGCUGACUAGACCUGUACCGACAGUCCAUUCAACCACUACUCUUCAGCUCCCGCCUAUGGUACUGCCGCCUCAGGGCCGGCCUAUUGGCCUUAUCCCAGAAACAUUACAGGAGAGCAGGGCAGAGUGUCCAAGCACUUGCCUUUUGGAUACUCAAACUGAGGUCCAGUUAGACAGAGAGGCUGAGAGAAUUGAAAGAACGGUACAGCUUAGGAAUAAACCAGAGCACAGCCCCAAGGAGGAGGGGUCUUGGAGAAGACACCUAAGCCUUGAUAUUGACCCUUUGAGGCUGAUAGACUCCGCAACAUCUGCUUCGCUGCAGGUUGAAUGUGGGCUUGGGAAGUCUCUCUCUGCUCAGAACCUUAUGCUACCGGCUGCUGCGGACUGCCAUCCCAGCCUAUCCGCUCGGAAUAGCGGCAGCAGAAACAACGAGUCUAGUGACCAGGAGCCACUGGCUGACUGGUGCGAUACAGAGCUGUUCAUCAAUGAUAAAGAGCUGGAUGCCACAGAGGGUGACCACUACCUCCUAAAUCACCAACAAAGCACAGAUACAACCUUCUCUUCUGAGCUGCUAUGGACAGGAGCCAGAGGGCUAUCUUCCAGCCAGGCUGGACCAAGGGAUAGCUCGGAGUCCCAUACCUUGCCUCACGUUUGCCUAGAAUAACCACGGUACACAUGGACCUUGCUGGGGUGAGUGGACACAAUGUCCCCUAUGUGCUUUUUUUUCCCCCCCAUAGAAAACGGAGAGUCUAAUGCACCCUACGUCUUUUCUAGUUCUAAAAAAGACAUAAGUUCAUAACUGUAUUUUCAUACGUACAUAUCAGUGCAUGGUUAAUUUGUCCAAAAAAAAGUAGGAAACUGAUGGGAAGGAAGCAUUGAAAGAAUUAAAGUGAUAAUUCACACAAAAUGAAAACCCUGUCGUCAUUUACUCACCCUUAUGUUGUUCUAAACCCAUAUGAUUUCUUCUGUGGAACACAAAAUAUGUUAGACACAAUGCUAGUAACUUUCAUAGAAUCUUUUGUCCAUACAAUGAAAGCAAAUGGUGGACGUUCUGUCUAACGUCUCUUCCUCUGAGAACAGAAAAGGCAUAUGGGUUUGGAAUGACAUGAGAGUGAGUAAAUGGUGACAGACUUCUCAUUUUUGAACCUUAAAUGGUACUGAAUGAGCAUUUCUUUCAGCCUUGCAUGGGAACGGCAUGUUUAAAAUGCAACAGCAAAUAGGAUUGUUUUUGCAUAUGCACCUAUAUUAAUAAGCACUUGCCUAGCAUUAGGAUUCAUUUCUUACUUCCUUCUGAAUGUUUUGCCGUCCACUCAUUUGCAUGUGUUAAGAAUUACAGCAGGAAUAGCAAAAAACAAACAAACAGAUGGUCUAUGGCCGUGAUACUAUGCAAACCUCAGCACGGUUUGCUAUGGACAUCAGAUAAAGGAACCCAUACCAAAUACAUCUUCACACUGUAGCCUACACAGAGAUGUGUUUUCUUUAUUUAAAUGUACGUUUUAAUACCUCAGAGUUUUAGCAUAUGAAGAAAGCCGAAUGCUAUUGAGGAAUGGUGUAGUGUAUUGUCAAUGGAAGGAGAAAUGUGGUAUUUGAGACAAUAGGUUUGGUUUUUCUAAUUUCAGAGUCCACCUGUGGACAUUUGGCUGCUAAAAUGUAAAAAAUGAGGAAGAAAACCUUUAUCAUGACAAUAAUUCAACAGUUGCAAUAUCAUAAUUAUCUAUUUGUAUAUGUAUUUUAAUUACUUCAUAACCUGCAUCCAUUUAAUGAAAAAUUAUUUGCCUGUCAAGUUGAAAUUCACGCAGAUGUGUUUUGAUUGGAAUUGCAGCAAUAUUUAGUUUCUGUUGUAUUUUUUGAGAGCUUUUAAAUUCUGUAGCAAGCAGGCGUCUUAUACCUGAACCUCAGCUUUGAAACUUUUGUUCUAAAUUUUUUAUUCCAUGCUUCUGAAUGGUACAAUAAGUGCUUUAACGAAAAUAUUUGUAAUUUUAACUGAGAAUGUAACUUGUAUAUCAUUAUGUGUAUGUAGAAAAAUAACCAUGAUUAGCUGUGUUCAUUUUUUGUCUUUCUGUUAAAAGCAUCCGAGUUGUACCUUGAGGAUGUUUUUGGCACUGUGCAAAUGGAAGCACAACUGUUCAGAUCUGUAGAGGAAACCUGCAAAUGUGAUGUUGUUUUAACGUGAAAAUGCUUUAUAUAUGAUUUAUAAUCCAGUUGAGAUACAUAUUUAGCUCAUAAUAUGGGCCCCUGAAAAUGUAAUUGAGAAAAUGUCAACAGCUGUGGAACUAAUUCAUGCUUGAAUUGCAGAGAAGGUUGGAUAGAGACGUUAGUCUUCUAAACACAUUAUAAUUAGUAUUAUUUUUAUUACUUUUCUGUAAGAUUUCUUUCAUUUGCAAUUCAAUGUUUUAUGGUGUCUUUUUGCAUUUUAUUAAACAUUCAUAAAACUUUAGCACUCUUACCUUGAACUUUUAUUAAAAUCAUUGUGUUUGUUUCGAUAAUUGCACAUUUUCUGUUUGGCUGUGAACUUUGAGCGUCUGUCUGUUAAUGCAGCAUUUCUUUGUUUUACCACUAGAUCAAAUAAUUUAUUACACAGAAACUGGCCUUAACAUACAUGCUUGAUAAUGUUAGCAUUCUGUCAUUCAGAAUAAUUUAUUUCAUCAUUGUGCACAUGACAGAGUUGAUGCUCUGGGAUUUGAAAUGCAAAUUUAUAGUAAUCCUAAUACUUAAAUAAAAAAAAGACUUGAAACUC